CUGUCGCAGAUCUUACGUCAUCAGUGUUGGCGGUAUUUUGAAAAAAAGGAGCGUCUGUUGUUUUUACAUGGUGCGUUGUUGUUGUCCGUGGCGUGGAGGAAAACUGUGACAUUUACAAAUGAUGGCUGAAGGCGGCCUGUCCGAGGCCGCUCAGAGCGAGCUCAUGGACCAGUGUGAGGACCAGUUUGCUCAGCUGGAGAAGCUUCAGAAUGAGAUUAUUCUGUUUGAAACCGAUUUCUGCGAGAAUCCUCAAGAUCAGGCAGUGAAUCGACUCAUGGCAACAGAAGCUGAACUAAAGCAGUGGCUGACGGUGGAGCCAAAGUUGCUGGCAUCAAAUCCUGAAGUUUUACUUAAAGCUGGAACAGAGGAGAUGCUUAAGCUGUGCUCUGAACUUGAGAUGGUUGUUUCAUGCCACGAAGCAAAGAGAGACAAACUGAAAGAAACUAAAGAACUUGAGCAGAAGUGGUUGGAGGAGAAGAAACAGGCACUCAUCGCUGCCAAAGACCAUGUCGAUCGACUUCAAAUGGAGAAGGGGAAAUUACCUGAGCACAGUGUAUUGCAUGACACCAAGGUGAAAAUCCAGAAAAUGAAGGUCUACCAGGAAAGCUUGAUGGAGUGUCUGGGGGACCUUCUAGAGAAGCACAUCCCUUGCCCACAUCAGAAUGAACCCAGUACAAACAAGAAGAAGAAGCAGACCAUUACCCAGGAGUUAGAGGGAGACUUGAUAUCACUUAAUGAAAUUCUUGAGCUGCUCAUGAACAAGGUCCUGAAGACACCACACGACCCCUACGUGACGAUAGACAACACGUUCUGGCCACCGUACGUAGAGAUGCUGCUUCGCUAUGGCAUUGCAGUGAGGCACCAUGAGAAUAACUUCAAGAUCCGCCUGGAAACCUUUUUUUAAGGCCGUGGUGCAUUAAGCGCCUCAAGCACCACUUAUCUACAAGUGUUUCUAAUUUGAGUCUGUUUGUAUAGUGCUAUCAUUAUGUAUAUUUAUAUAAGCUGAUUAUAAAAUGAGGUGUUGGUCCAGUUAGGCUUCACAUGAAUAUGUUUUUAAAGCUAUCUUGUAUGUAGAGAGCAACCAUGGGUCCUUUAUAAAAUGUCUGAGAACACCUACAUUUAUGUUUUGAAAGUAUUUAGAUGUAUUAGAAAUACAUUUUGACCUUUUUCUAACAAAGCACUGUCAAUUCCAUGUAAUAUUUUAAUACUCAAUAGGGUUGGAGGUCUUAAUUACAUAUUUCCUUUAAUCCUAUUUUCCUAACUCUUAUCAAUGAAAAAUGCAUUGUUUUUAU